GGUUUCCGUUACCGCUGGCGCGCGCGCGUGGCAGGCGUGAGAGGAAGAGCGAGGAGAGGGGAGGGGAAGGCGCCGAGCCCGAGCCCGGCGCGAGACAGGGUUCCCGCUCCGCCUGUCACCGGGAGCGCGAGGCAGAGGCAGCGCACGCUUCUCCCCCCGCGGCGUCGGGGGAGCGGCUCCGCCCGGGCCCGCGAGUGACGCGAAGGGGAGGGCUGAGAGCCGCGCCGGGCCUCGGGCCUUGUAGGCCGCUGUCGGAGUGACUCGGCCGGGCUAGGCCGGCGCCCCGCGCGCUCAAGAUGUCGGCGCAGGCCCAGAUGCGCGCCAUGCUGGACCAGCUCAUGGGCACGUCCCGGGACGGUGAUACGACCCGCCAGCGAAUCAAAUUUAGUGAUGACAGAGUAUGCAAGAGUCACCUUCUCAACUGCUGCCCUCAUGAUGUGCUCUCUGGAACUAGGAUGGACCUUGGAGAAUGUCUGAAGGUGCAUGACCUGGCAUUAAGGGCUGACUAUGAAAUAGCAUCCAAAGAUCAAGAUUUCUUUUUUGAACUUGAUGCAAUGGACCACCUUCAAUCGUUUAUUGCAGACUGUGACAGAAGAACAGAAGUGGCUAAGAAAAGACUAGCAGAAACCCAGGAAGAAAUCAGUGCUGAAGUUGCAGCUAAAGCCGAAAGAGUUCAUGAAUUGAAUGAAGAAAUUGGGAAACUACUGGCCAAAGUAGAACAGCUGGGAGCUGAUGGGAAUGUGGAAGAAUCUCAAAAAGUAAUGGAUGAAGUGGAGAAGGCCCGUGUAAAGAAGAGAGAAGCAGAAGAAGUAUACAGGAAUUCUAUGCCUGCCUCCAGCUUCCAACAGCAGAAGCUACGGGUUUGUGAAGUGUGCUCUGCUUAUCUUGGUCUUCAUGACAAUGACCGACGACUUGCUGACCACUUUGGAGGAAAACUACACUUAGGGUUUAUUGAAAUAAGAGAGAAGCUUGAGGAACUCAGGAGGAUUGUGGCUGAUAAACAAGAGAAACGAAAUCAGGAGCGUCUGAAACGUAGAGAGGAGAGGGAAAGAGAAGAAAGGGAGAAACUAAGGAGGUCCAGAUCCCACAGCAAGCAUACCAAAAGAUCUAGGUCCCGAGAACGUCGCAGACAUAGGUCUCGCUCAGCAUCCCGGGAACGAAAGAGAAGAACUCGCUCCAAAUCCCGUGAGAAACGCCAUCGUCACAGGUCUCGUUCUAACAGCCGGAGCCGGAGCCGCAGCCACCAUAGAAGCAGGCAUAGCUCCAGGGAGAGAAGCCGAGAACGCAGCUCCAAAAAAAGAUCCUCAAAAGAAAGAUCUUCCAGAGACAAAGAACGUUCAAGAGAUCGUGAUAGAACAUCACGCGAUAAAGAUAGAAGCUCAAGAGAGAGAUCCCCCCGAGAUUUCAAAGAGAAGAAACGUUCUUACGAAAGCGCUAAUGGCCGAUCAGAAGACCCAAGGAGCUCAGAAGAGCGUGAAGCAGGGGAAAUAUAACUGGCUGUAUAUUCACCUGAUCUCUAGCUUCCUAUGGAGUUGCAUACUAUGGUUUAGUUUACAGUUGUUCAAAGGGACACCAGUGAGCAGUUCCAGACACUGAUCCAACUAGGGUAGAUGUACAGUAUAUAAAAGUGGUAAUAACCAAGUCAGAAUUAAAUCCCAUCAGUUAAUGAUGCCUAAAGCUGGGUCCUGGACUUCCACUAAGUUGUAAAACUUUUCUGAAAGAUUUCUCUUUAUUCAGGACUACAGUUUUAUGUACCAAGAUGCAGAUCUCAAUGUUUUUAAUCUCCUUUCCAAUACAUGUUAGUGAACAAAUUAUAUUGAACUACUUGCCUUGGGUGCUUUUGAACCUUUAUAAAUUCUCCAAUACUGCUCCAGUCAAAACAGCAGCAUUGAAAGGUUGUAUUUUGGGGGAUUUCUUGGUUUGCUUUUUUUGUAAGAGGGUGGGUGGACAGAUAUUAACUUUUAUUCUAAGGUUUUGUUCCCAGGGAUUUUUGUUGGGAACCUAGGAGUUGAUUACAGCGGGAGCAUUUAGACAGGAAUGUGUGCUGGAGAAAGCUGAAAUGUCUUUUUACAGUGCCUAUUUAGACUUGGAAAUUGAACAGCUGUUGCAUUAACAUCUUUUUUUAUUUCUACUUAAAUUUUGAAAUCAAAGCCAGUCCCAUAUCUAUACCAUUUGAUUGGUAUGUGUUCAAUAUACUUGGGUUUUUUCAUAAGAACUUUCUGCUUUUUCUUGCGGGAUGUAAUCGGCACAUCCUUAAUUGUAAAAAUAACAAAGCAAAACAACAACAAACAAAAACUGAGAACAAAAAUAAAAAAUGAAAAAAGGAAACCGCAUUGUCCAAUAACUUAACAAGAGUAUACUGGUCUUGUAAAGUGGUUACUUUUUUCCCGUAGCCAUUCAGUCAUUUGAAGAUUGACAUUUGAUAGAGUUCUUUUGUUUUUAACAUGGAAGUGUGCUCCAGGAAAAAUAAUCUUUUGGAUUACAACCCUGAAUAUCCUCAGAUCUUUAGAGGCAAAAACUUGCAGAGCUGUAAUGAUCAUGGUACAGAUCUUAACUUCCACCUGAAUGAAAUACUGCUUUUUGAAGUCAUUAAAUAGUUAUCUUCACAUAAAGGGAUUACUGUAGAUUCUGUAGGAUUGAAAGUGCUUUGGAGCACAUGAAUUAUUCAGAUUUGUCCUGCCCUCAUACAGAGGAAUUUAGGAAUCGGUAAGUUUUCCUUCUUGAGAUAGCACCACUGAGUUACGUAACAGCAAUAUGUAAGAGCAAUGUUAGUAAGGAUUUAUUGGCAUUUUCAGCAGAUUCUGCAGAGUCUCUUCUGUAGGUCUUAAGACACAGGCCUCUGUGGGCCAGAUAAUGAUGAACAUGGUAUGUCUUUGUUUUCUUUGUGUCUAACACUGCAUGCAUUUCUUCCUUAAUAUCUUUUCUGUAGCAUUUGAUUUUUCACUGUGGUCUUAACAACAUAAGGCUGAUAAUUCUAGUACAAUGGAUAAUUCCAGCAGUAUUUUUGGCUGGCAUGGAAAGCUAGAACAGGGCUGUUGCAUUUCAGCAAGAACCUGUAACUUAUAUCCAGCAUGACACACAUCCUCUUCUCUGAAUUCAUGGCCUUCUAAGCUCCUCUAGAAAUACAGUAAUAAUGAUGGCUGACUAUUCAUUUUUUCUUUUUUUUUUUUCUUUUUUCUUUUUUUUUUUUCUUAAUCUACUUGAAAUCUGAACAUGAAUUUCCUUCCUGGGAAUGUUUUGUGAUUUCCUGCGUGACCGUGAGUUGAUUUCCUGUCAACUGCAUGACAAAUGUAAGUCACCAAAGUUUGUCCCUCUGGUACGUGCACACUGUGCAAGUGCUUGCUGAAGUCCCUUGUUGCACAUUUGUUAAUGGAAUUCUAGCUCCCAGUGUGACAGAUGAGCAGUCAUUUCUAGUUGCAUCUUGUAGAGCAGCAUUGUAGAUGAGUGAAUUGCUGCCUAAUUUCCAGAAUAUAAAUAUUCCACAAGUACUGAAGGCUUUUUUCCUCCUGUAUCCAGCAACUAGAGAUGCUGUGUUUCUUAAAAAAAAAAAAAAAAAAAAAAAAAAAAAAACAUGCACACACACACGUGCUUAAUAGUAAGUUAUGGAAAAUAUGCCAUUAACUUUAUGAAUGGCUCUUAAUUCUUUUAAUUGUGAAAGGUGGUUGGACUUGGGCCUUUCCUUAUUUAUAGGUUUUCCUAGAUUGGUGAGCUCCAUAAUAUCAGAGUACCUCACAAAUAUUAAGCAGAGAAAAGGUAAGUGUUACUGCUAGUUUCCUGAUUUAAAAAAAAAAAAAAAAAAAAAAAGGAAUUAUAUGUGGAAAUUAAUAUUUGCCUUGUGUCUAAAAGGGGGACUGGAGUACAGUUAGGAAGAGAACCUAAUUAAGGCUACUGAUGAUACCUUCUUCCUGAUGCAAGAGAACUGGAUCAUCUAACAGUAAGGGAGACUGCUUUAUUAACUGUGUCCAUGUGAAAAUGGGAAGCACCAUGGGCCUGGACUGCCCUGGUAGUUCUUGCUGUGCCCCAGUACUACUGGUAAUGUGUCUGGUGAUACAGUGCUGCUGCGGUGUCUGAGCCACUCCUGGAGAUGCUUUGCGAGUAUACUUCCCUUUGAUUGUAUGUGAACACUUUGGAGAUACUCACUGGUAUUUUUCCACAGAAAAUCUCUUCCUGCCAUCUUUAGGACCAAAAGCAACAAAUCAGGACUGGUGAGAAGUGGGAAGCCUAGAGAUUGCAUCCUCACCAGCCAGCUUCUUUAUAAGCGUUGUUCAGGAGCUCUUUCUCCUGAUAGAGGUAAGAGCCAUUUCACUGUGGUCUUCAUAAAUUCAUAGCAAUUCAGCCAUGGUGCAGAAGGGAAAGUUUGCUCCAGCUCCACCUUGUAACAUCUGUGUUGGUCUUCCACACUCUGAGGCAAAGUACAUCCUUGUUGAGGUAAUGUGUGUAUUCUGUGUGAAAUAAGUAUGUCAUAUUUGGGGAGGGUGCAGUUUUGGGGAGUAUGUGUAGCUAUAAUUGUGUUUUUGCAGUGGGAAGAGUGGCAGUCUUAUAUGUGGGGUUGAGACUUUAGUGAGUAUGGCAAGGAGGGAAAGUGCGUCAGAGAAAUCACAGGCUGCCUCUGACUGUAUGAGGGAGAGCUGUGAGACUGCACUUUACCUUAAAUGACCUCAUUGAAACUACACAUCCCCCCUUCCUUCCCUCUCCCUUUUCCCCAAAGCAAACAAAGAGUAGUCUGAUGCAAAGCUGUACAAACUCCUGCUUUCUUAUACAAAAAUCCCCAGAAAAAUGUCCCAGGUCUCAGGAAAGCCCUGAGAGGGCAGGAUGGGGAAGCUGUGCUGUUGGGACUGCUGUGUCUUUGAUGCUGUCUUUGAAGGCAAACACGGAAGAGGGAAGUUCUGAUCAGCUGAGCCCAGCAGCCACCACAGACACUCAGAGGAAGGAGCAAAGACAAAAUCACGUGAGGUGGUGGUUUCCAGGCCUUGGGAUCUAUAAUUCCCUGGUAGGAGUUGAAUGGAGAAACCACAAAGUUUUUGGAUGAGAGUGGAACAUGUGGUGCAGGUGCUUACCACAGGCAACCUGAAAGACAGGGAGCUUCUGAAGAAAGAGCAGCAUUAACUAACAUAAGUGAAAGGAGUCAGACAUGUCCAGAGCAUACAGAGCUGAUUUUCCUUUGAGAUAUGAAAUUAUACAAUUACUCACAACUUCUUUUCUCUCUGUAGGUGUCAUGCUCUUCUCUUAAAUCAAGAUACAUCCUGACUUGCUGUGGGCACUUCUCAUGGGAGAAAUCAGAGAGGGUGGUGAGCCCUGCUGUUUUGAUGAGGGAGGAAUACCAGGUGGGAACUCUGGAAAAGCUCGUGGUCAUAGACACAUCUGGAAAGAACUGCAGUACCAAUACACGUUGCUCAAGAGUACAUCUUCCCACUUAGCUUUUUUUCUUCUGCAUCUCCCUUGUUUUCUCUUUCUUUCCCUUGCUUUUGUAUGCAUUGCUUCACAAACAAACCUCAGCUUUGCUAGGGGACUUCUCAGCUCCUCUCCUUUACCUCUUGCUUGGGUCAUUCAUUACAAAGGUGUUUAUUCACUCAUUAUUUUGUCAGGUAUCCCCACAGGAAAACAAACCAUAAUGAUUUCAGCAAGCAUGUUACUGUGUUAUCAGUGGCAUGCUUUACUAUUCUUUUCUUGUACCUUUCAGUGUUAUUUUUACCACUUCGGAUUUUUUUUUCCCAUGUGCAAUUUGUCAAGUCCUUGUAAGAUAAACACAAUAAUACCUAUCAAAGUUUUGACAUAUUUUUAAUAGGAUUAUACAUUUCUAUACACAUCUCAGGGAUCUCUAGUGAAUGGAAAAAAAAAUCUAGAAGGCUGGGGUUUUGGCCUUAAAAUGGAAUAUCUGUGAACAUUUAAUCAUAAAUUUUAAUCAUAAAGUCAUCAUGUUUUUGCUGACCCUCACUAAAUCAUCUUGGGGGUGGAGGAUGCAGACUUUUUUAUUUUUUUCCUCUCCUUAUUUUGUUCUAUUUAGUAAUCUGUUUAUAGAAGGAAUUGAAUGAAAUGUAAUUUCUACUGAAUAUGGAGAAAUAUUUUCUAAAGAAGGGUGCCAGGUAGAAUUGCAGAUAUAGUCUCAAACACAGGUGGGAAGCUCAUUAUUGGUGGAUGGACAAAUCUGAGGUUGGACAGACCAUUGGAAAAUAAAAGGUAAAGAGCAAAGACAAGUUUUGAUUGAGCAGAAUGACUGUGCUUUUUCUACCCCAGAUUCCUGCCAGUAAAGCAUGUGACAGACUUCUUAAUAUAGUACAGGGGAAUAAUUGCAAUUCUAAAACAUGUUUUUUCCCUUUCAGCUUAUGAGGAAAUCAUCUGGUCUAUACAAGUCAAUAUGACAAGCUCUGGGGCUUAGCACUUGUGUAUGGGAGCUGGAAGCAGAAAUGCACUUCAUCCUUCUACACGUUUGUCAGGUGCUAGUAGUGAUGACUCUGCCUGAAGAGCUAGUUGAUUUCCAGGUUAUUGGGCACUGUGAAGUUGUCCAUGUUUGAUUCUCUUUUAAAGUUUGCGAAUUACUAUUUAAGUUUAAUGUUUAAUAUAAAUAGAAUCACCCUACUUAUUAUACAACAGUGCCUAAUCCUGAGCUCAGCAGGCAUACCUAUUGUAGAGGAUGAGUGGAAAAGUGCUCAGCAACUAGGGCAGAGGGAAGGGUUAGUUUUGGCUAGUUCAAUAGGACUUAAACUCAUCAGACGAGGCGCUGGGAGCAGUUCAGUAACAAGGACAGGACUGGAAUACCUGGAGGAGACUGUCAAGGGAACUGGCACCAGGAAAGGAGUGGAGCUUUUGCCAGAGGAACAUACUGUUGGAAUAAUUUUUUUCCUAUUAAAAGUACUUUUAAACAUCAAUAA